GGCCACGGCCGUUGGGAAAGUCUAUAAAUGCCCUCUCCACAGAGCACCCCCUUCAUACCCAUCUUUUUCAGCCACUCCUUGUGAAUCAGGUCAGCCCACCCUUCAACAUGUCGCUGGAAUCUCACUUGGAAGGCGUCGUGAACGUCUUCCACCAGUAUUCGGUGCGGGUGGGAGAUUUCGACCAGCUGUCCAAGAAGGAGUUGAAGCAGCUGAUCGAGAAAGAGCUACCCAAUUACAAGAAGAAACCGAAGAAUCCCGAGGCCAUGGACGCUCUGUUUAAGGAUCUGGACCAAAACCGCGACCAGGAGAUCAACUUUGGGGAGUUCAUGCGUUUCAUUACCGCGGUCCUGAUCGCCACUCACGACUACAUCCACGAGGAUGGUCCCUAGAAGAGAGUGACCCCGGAGCCGCCGCCCAUCCCGCGCCCACGCCGCCAGGGGGCGACAGGAGCAACGAUCUCACCGUCCCUUCCACGCUCUCCAAAUUCCCCGUCUUCUCUCUUCCCCGGCGCGUUUCCACGGGCAAAAAUGACCCGCGAUCCACACUACCUGAUUAUCCUCAGAGGUCGGGAUGGGGGAGGGCCUGAUUCAAUAAAUGAAUAAAUAAAUCAACA